AAGCAAGAGCUAGCGCUUGCGAAUCCCAUGCAUCCCAGAAUGGUUUCUUGUUGAGUUCUCGCGUUUGUGCACACAUAGCUGCUGAUUCCAUGGCGAAAUGCUGGCUGCUGCUGCUCUGCUUGGCGUUUCUCUUGCCAGCGGCGUGCGCGACCUGCCACCCCGACGACCUACGCGCGCUGCGGGGCUUGGCCCGGAACCUCAGAGGCGGUGGUGCCGUCCACCUCCGCACGGUGUGGUCUGGCGCCUCGUGCUGCGAUUGGGAAGGUGUGGGCUGCCAUGGCGCCAACGGCCGCGUCACCGUGCUGCGGCUCCCCGGCCAUGGCCUCGCAGGGUCCAUCCCAGGAGCCUCUCUCGCAGGCCUGGCGCGCUUGGAGGAGCUCUUCCUCAGCUCCAACUCUUUCGCCGGCACCCUUCCCGAUGCGCUCUUCGGCCUCGUUGGGCUGCGGAAGCUCUCCCUCGCAUCCAACAACCUCGUAGGUCAGCUGAGCUCGCGCCUCAGCGACCUCAAAAACCUCACCUUGUUGGAUUUGUCCAUCAACCGCUUCUCCGGCCAACUCCCAGACAACGUGUUCCACAACCUCAAGUCGAUGGAGCAUUUGGCUGCACACUCCAAUGGCUUCUCAGGAUUGCUGCCACCGUCCUUGUCAUCCUUGUCAUCUCUUCGUGAGCUCAAUCUCUGCAAUAACUCUUUGUCUGGUCCGAUUGCUCGUGUCAACUUCUCCGGCAUGCCACUUCUUUCUUCGGUUGACUUCACUUCAAACUACCUGAGUGGGUCGCUUCCACUUAGCCUCGCGGAUUGUGGUGAUCUCAAGUCACUCAGCCUUGCCAACAACAGAUUGGUCGGCACCAUCCCGUCGUGGAUUGGUGAGCUUGACCACCUUCGCUUAUUGGAUCUCUCAAAUAAUUCAUUGGUUGGCAAGGUACCUAAGCGUUUGACACGUCUCAAGGGCCUCGUCGCCACUGUGGGGCACUCACCGGGUAUGGUUUCCACCAACAUGCCAUUGUAUGUGAAGGGUAAUAGACGCAUACUCGGCCAACAACCAAAUGUCAUAUCUGGGAGCCGCAACACUAUCAGAUCUGGAAGCAACAAUGUUGUAUCCGGGAAUGACAACACAAUUCUAUCUGGGAACGACAAUGUCGUAACUGGGAGCAACAAUGCCGUAUCUGGUAGCGGCAAUGUCGUAACUGAGAGAAACCAUGUUGUGUAUGGGAGCAACAAUGUUGUAUCCGGGAGAAACAAUGUUGUGACAGGGAGCAACAAUGUUGUAUCAGGGGGCAACCAUGUCGUAUCUGGGAACAACAAAGUAGUAACUGGAGGAUAGUGAUAUGUGAGUGGAUUGAUUCCCUCUUCCCCCGAGGAGCUCAUGUCCUUGUCCAAGUUCAAUGUAGUUUACAAUCGCUUGAUGAGCCCAAUCGCGUAUUUGUAACUUCAUGGGUAUAGUAUCCUUUUACUACUUAAAUAUCCACAAAACGUUUUACAUACACGCUGAACUAAACAGCGACUAGUUUGAAGCCGAUGUUGAUCAAGCGUGUUUGCUUAUGUGCAAAUUCUCAUCAUGGAUGUCUAGACGUGGUGAUUAUUGCAUCUCUUGUAUUCCAUGUGAUGUGUGAUGCUUUCUUAUAUGUGAUGAUUGUGCUAUGGAUCAUAUGGUGAAUUAUAGUACCUUCUUAUCUAUAUAUUUC